GGGGCUCGCCCCCCGCCGCCGCCGCCCGCACCGCGCCGCCUCCCGGGCAGCCCCCGCCGCCGCCGCGCAACAGUUGCCCCCAAGUCGCGGCCGUUCCCCCGCAUCCUCCUCGGGGAACCCCCCCCCCCCCCGCCCCGCGGCACCGAGGGGAGGAGGAGGAGGCGAGGGGGGGCUGCGCGGAGCCGCCGCCGCUUUGCAGCGCUGAGCACCGGCCGCUCUCACCGCUCCGCCGCCGCCCGGGACCGGGAGAAGGAGCCCCUCGGAUCCCGGCUGCUCGCUUCAACCCCGCAGCGAUGGAGCGGGGCGGCGGGGCCGAGGCGCGGCUCCUCUCCGCCGGGAGCAGCCGUCCUCUCCUCCGCCGGUGGGAGCGGAGCAGCCCUGCCGCUGGGCACCGGCUCCCCUGCUAGGCUACCGGCGUGCCGAGCCCCGUCCCGCAACGCCGGAACCUCUUGUGCAUCCCUCUGUGCAUCCCCCAAACUCCUCGUUCAUCCCCUCCACCCCCCUUGUGCAUCCCCCUGUGUCCCCCCAAACCCCUUGUGCAUCCCCCUGUGCACCCCCAAACCUCUUGUGCAUCCCCUCCAGCCUGUUGUGCCUCCCCCUGUGCACCCCCAAAUCCCUUGUGCAUCCCUUUGUGGUUUCCCCUGUGUCCCCCCAAACCCUUUGUGCAUCCUCUUCAUCCCCUUGUGCACCCCCUGAACCCCUCGUGCAUCCCCCUUCUGCACCCCCAAACCCUUUGUGCUCCCCUCUCUGUGCCUUCCAUCCUCAAGCCCUCUCCCUUGCAUGCAGCCCCAGGGCUGCAGGAGCCGGGGCCACACACGAUGGGCACCAAGCAGACCAAGAGCUGCCAAGCGGGCAGCGCUGCGGAGAGCCCCCCGGCCCAUCACCGCAAGAAAGCGCCCCCCAGGGAAAGGGGGGAUUUCCUCGCGUCCCUCGUGGUGAAGUCCGGCGAGAAGUUUGGGAAGGGCGGCGGCAGCAGCCUGCCCCCUUACCACCGGCGGAUCUGCAUGAUCCAGGACAUGCUGGUGCUGGUGAAGCAGGGGAAGCAGGAGGAGGCCACCGAGCUGCUGAGGCACCUGCGGCAGGAUUUAGGAAUGGAGUCAACCUCUCUGGAUGAUGUCCUCUAUCGAUAUGCCAGUUUUCGAAACCUGGUGGAUCCAAUCACUCAUGACUUGAUCAUCAGCCUCGCUAGAUACAUCCACUGCCCCAAACCGGAAGGGGACUCCCUCGGGGCCAUGGAGAAGCUCUGCCGGCAGCUCACCUACCACCUCAGCCCCCACUCGCAGUGGAGACGCCAAGGCAUCAUGAAGAGGAAGCCUCAGUCCUGUUUGAAAGCUGUCCUGAUGGGGAAGCCUCAGGACAACACUGUGGACUUGUCGGGCAUCCCACUGACCCUGAAGGACUUGGACCGCGUCACGUCCUACCUCCAGCACAGCUCGGAGCACAUCGACACGGUGGAGCUGUGCUUCACGGAGCUGACGGAUGACAUGCUGCUGCAGCUCCUGCCCGUGCUCUGCGUGCUGCCCCACCUCACCACCCUCUCCCUCAACGGCAACCGGCUCACCAAAGCCAUCCUACGGGACCUCACCGAAGCCCUCAAAGACCCCAAGAAGUUCCCCAGCGUCACCUGGAUCGACCUGGGCAACAACGUGGACAUCUUCUCCUUGCCGCAACCCUUCUUGGUCAGCCUAAAGAGACGAUGCCCGAAGCAAGGGAACUUACCAACCAUCCUGGAGUUUGGGGAGGGGCAGGUAAGUGAUUUGGAGAGCCUGGAUGGUCUGGCUGACAGUCAGGAGGACCUGCGAGCUGGACCAGACAAGACUGACAACACAGGCUUGCAGCAGACAGACAGAACAGUUGAGGAGCUCCCCAACUCGGAGCAAGGUGCUGCGACACCACAGACAUGAUGUCUGGCUCCGUAGCUCUUGGAUGGGCACGUUGAGCAAGGAUGACUUACAACUGAGACCUCGGUGAUGAAGACAGAUCCAUACAGCUUUGGGAGUCCAGAUUGCUGCCUUCCUCCUGUACCAUGAAUGUCAACUUGUUUUUCCUUUCAAAGAACACAUAAAGGUGAUCAUGUUGAAUACUUGUAUUUUAUGGAAGCUGGCCAGGUUAUUUUUAAACAUUAGGGAUGUGCUGUGCUUUUUAACCUCUCAAAAACGCAUCUCCAAGGUGGUGUAAGAUGAGGCUCUUAGAAGAGCACAAAGAGGUGAAGAAGUGCCCAGACUUAGAGAAGGUCUCCCUUUCCUUAGCACUGGAUCUAACCAGACCCCAGCUGCUCUCUCCCACGUGUGAUUGGCAGACAGCAGCCACCUGAAGAGGACUGCUGUCAAGAUAAACCUUAAAUCCUUUCCAAUCCUGACUUCAGGAAUGGCUGAGGAAUAGUGUAUCUGCUGAGAUAGACCAGUCUGAUCACACGCUAACUGGGGGUGUUAACAUUGUGAGCCAGCACAAAGAGAGACCUUGGCUUUGCUGGUGUGGACCUAAACCCCAUCCCACAGUGUGCCUGGACACCACUCACCCUCCAGCCUUACCCAGAUCAGGCUGGCACUUGUGCCUGCCCAGUACUUACUCAGAUGUAAACCCCAGUUUACAUCUGAGUAAUGUAAUACUCAUGAUGCUGUAAUAACUCCAGAGCUUUUAUUGUGGUACCUGGAGCAAUGCUGGGAGUAUCUGAUCCAUUCUGGGGAGGGAUCUGCAAGAUCUGGAGCCGGGGCUCAGCUCAGGUUCAUUCCUGACAAGAGAGAACACAAUACUGAAGGUUUAUAAGAGGAAAACAAUCCUGGGUUCAUCCCUGUGCCACUGCCACUGAUGCAGCCUCAGCAUCACCUGUGUCCUUUGGAGUUCCUUGGACCAGAAGUGCUUUGUUUCCAAAAUGUAGUUUUGGGUUUUUUCAUAAGAGACAUGGUUUCGAUGUGAUUUUAGAUAGAAAAUGGCUCAACCCAGAGCAGCAGCAGCACUGGAAUGUGCACUUUGGCUUUUGAACCAGAAUUCCAUUUGAUCCUAAAAACCUGGGGGAGGGCAGAAAAAGGUGAAAACCUUCCUCUGCCUCAUGUUCAAUGGCCCAGACAUGACUCCCUUGGCUAACAGGGAGCCCCUUUCUACCUGUUCAAAGCCCUGACCAGCUUUACACCCUGUUUCCCUGGCUCACAGCAGUGACUCUCUGGCUUUGCUUUCUCUGGGUGCAAACAGACUUCUGGCCAUCUCCUUGGCUCUGUUCAUUCAACAUCACUGCACCAGGAAGCUUUUUCCUAGAGGAGCUUCACACUGUCAGUGGUUUUAGGUAACUUAGAAGAGACUCUGCUACUCGUUUUAAUACACUUGGCACCAUUCAGUAUGAUUUGCAUGUAUCCAAGCCUUUUCCCUUCUUUUUUUAAUGCUAACUCUUCCCAACAGGCAUGAGAAAAAACUUGGCAGUGAAUAAACUGUUCUGUUUGAAAUAAAGGAGAUAUCCAUCAUCUAAAUAAAUGACAAUGUUUAUUAAA